AUGGCGGCCCACCCGAAUUAUUGUUUCUCAAACACGUUUGAGGAUGUUCUUGCAUCCUCUCUACAAUCACCAACAAACGAUUCCAUCGUCUUCAACCUCUCGAUCCUCAGAGACAAAGCCCAGCAGGUUCAAACCAUCGCCGACAUGUUCUUCACCCAAACACAAACUCAAUCCAUGACUUCUUCCAACUCAACCUCCGUUAACAUGGAGAACCUCGCCGGUUUGCUACAAGAAAUAAUCGUGAUCGCGUCUAACGUCAUGUUCUCUUGCCAAAACAUUGGUAGUACUCCUGUUACCAACCAGAUUGACAACACCCAUGAGUUUGAUCACCAGUUUGACCAACCAAACGACGUGUUUAAGUGGUCCGGUGGAGGAGUAGAGAAAAGUUUCGGCAGCGUUAACUUUAACACGAGAAACGAGGACAAUCUUUUAGAAAAGCGGAAAGAAUUGCAGGUUCAAAGAGAUAGACACAGUGGAACUGGGUACGACAUCAUAGAAAUGGAUGCAGCCGAUUUGUUAGCGAAAUAUACACACUAUUGUCAAGUGUGUGGUAAAGGAUUCAAACGAGAUGCGAAUUUACGCAUGCACAUGAGGGCGCAUGGAGACGAAUAUAAGUCUAAUGCGGCUUUAUCGAAUCCCCUAAAUGGUGGCACAACGGUGAAACCAGCAAGAAAGUAUUCGUGUCCGCAAGAAGGGUGUAGAUGGAAUCGUAAGCAUGAGAAGUUUCAGCCACUGAAGUCGAUGGUUUGCAUGAAGAAUCACUAUAAAAGGAGCCAUUGUCCGAAGAUGUAUUCGUGUAAGAGGUGUCAACAGAAGCAGUUCUCUGUGCUUUCGGAUUUAAGGACUCAUGAGAAGCACUGUGGGGAUGUGAAAUGGCGGUGUUCUUGUGGGACGACGUUUUCGAGAAAAGAUAAGCUCAUGGGUCAUGUUGGUUUGUUCAUAGGACAUACACCUGCAGAUGUUGAUACAAGUUCUUCGAACAAGAUUCAAUGA